UUGAAGCCAGAGACGAUGCUCACAGCGCUGCUGCUUUUGGCUGGCCUAGCGAUGGCCAUUGAAGUGCAGAAAUUCGGACACCUGUAUAAUCCGCCACAACCAGAGCAUCAUGAACGCCGCGAAGAUAAACAGGAUCUAAAUAAAAUACCAGGAGUGCCGGGAGUUGAUUAUCCGAUUUACCAUGAAGUGCCGCAUACCCAAUUCAGUUGUCACAAUGUGCCCGCCGUUCCGGGCAUGUAUGCGAAUGUGGAGACCGGAUGCCAGGCUUAUCACGUGUGCCACGAUGGCCGGGAGGGACACCAGGGCGCCUCGUUCCUCUGCACAAACGGCACCAUAUUUAACCAGAAGGAGUUUGCAUGCGACUGGUGGUACAAUGUGAAAUGCGAGGAGGCCAUUAGCCUUUACCACUUAAAUGCGGAUCCGGAGCAUAAUCCCUAUGUGCCGAAAAAGAAGCCUGAAUUGGAACAUGAGGCACAUCUGCCACAUGAUGCUCAUGGAUUUUUGAUACACGCCUAAAUAUUAUAAUAUAUAUGUAACUAAUUAUUUAAUUGUUAUGUKACGUUUUU